CUCAAAGAAAAAAAAAACCCAUAAAGGCCAACUUCAAUGAUUCUCAACUACCAACUGGCUAAAUCAAUUAAAACGCCACUUCCAUUUUCACUAUCCCCAUUCCCAAUUCCCUCUAUAAAUUCACCCUCCCUCUCAACUUCAUUCCCAUCCCCAACUCAACGAAAUCAACCACAUUUUUUGUACUAAAAAUUUUCCUUACCUAUCAAUUUCAGCAAUGGCUUGCAACUCUGCAUUGUUCAUCAAGCUCUUCUGUGUGGGUUUGCUGGGAUUACUAAUCCUGGCGCCGCACGCAGAAGCGGUUAUCCAAUGCGGAACCGUGUUCCAGAAAUUGGGCAAGUGCUUGUCCUACAUUAGCGGCGGCGCGUUGGAUCCUGCCUGCUGCCAAGGCAUUUCGUCACUGAAAGCUCAGGCUGCAUCUAAGCCUGACCGUCAGGCCGUUUGCGGCUGCCUGAAGCAGAUCGCCGCCGCUAACCCGGCAGCCGCCGCCAAGGGCACUGGACUCCUUAAAGCUUGCAAAGUUAGCAUCCCAUACGCACUGAACCCCAAGAUUGACUGCGCAAAGGUGAACUAAGAUUGGAAGGAUCGACGGUGAAGGAUCCUUUCAUCUACUGAUCGAUCUAUGUAUUUGAAGAAAAUUGUGAAGAAGAUCUUUGGAGGCUUUGUAGCUCUCCAAAAUCUUGCUUGUGUUUCUUUAUUGUACUUCGUGCUUUAGUGGUUGUACUUUUUUUCUUUAAAUGUAAUGCCACCCUCUGUUUGGGAGAGGCCUUCAUUAGGAUUAAAGAAGAGGAAAUCUGUGUCUUCCUUUUCACGGGUGACAUUGUGUUUUCUUGUACUCCACCUAUAGCUAGUAUUUAAAUUAAAUCGUAUUUUUGUGUUUUAUAUCUUUAUCUUCAAAUUUUUCCAGCUUUAUUUUGUUGUGUGUGUGUGUGUGGG